AUGUCAAUACUCCAUUCCAAGAGCGGAGACCCCAUAUGAGGAACCUAGUUCUUUACCCGAAGACAACAGAGAAAAAUCUUUCACAAGAUCCAUUAAAGUAGAAAAGAAAAUCGAAGAGAAAGAAUCCCUAGGGAAGCAAGGAACUCUCAAUAAUUUUAUUCACCGAUCGAACCCCUAAAUGGCGUCUGGCCACUUGCUCUGAGAUUCUUAAACGGAUACCUGGAGCAUGGCUGCUUCGGCGUCGGUCAGGCAGUUUAAACUGGCAAAGGAGAGCGAACUUAGGGUUGAGGUCGGCACCGAUUCUCCUUAUCGUGUCCGCCUCCUCUCCGGCACUGCCGAAAUUUUCGGCACCGAGCUCCCCCCGGAGAACUGGCUCUCCAUUCCCCCUCGUCAAAAGUUUGCGAUUUUUACGUGGCAUGGAGCUACUGUGGAAGUGGAAGGAACCAGCGAGGUCGAGUAUAUUGCCGAUGAGACUCCAAUGGCGAGCUAUGUGAACGUACACGCGAUACUGGAUAGCAGGAGAGCGCGAGCGAAGGCGUCGUCUAAUAGCAACGUGGUAGCUUCUCAGGGUCCUCGGGUUUUUGUGGUUGGGCCCACGGAUUCUGGAAAAAGUAGUCUGUGCAGGAUGCUUUUGAGUUGGGCGUGUAAGCAGGGCUGGAAGCCUAUGUUUGUAGAUUUGGAUAUUGGUCAGGGAUCCAUUACUGUUCCUGGAUGUAUUGCUUCCACUCCAAUCGAAAUGCCUAUUGAUUCUGUUGAAGGGAUACCUCUAGAAAUGCCCAUCGUGUAUUAUUAUGGACACACUACUCCAAGCAUAAAUGCAGAACUAUACAAGGUUCUUGUGAAGGAGCUAGCUCAAACAUUGGAGAGGCAUUUCUCUGCUAAUUCAGAGUCUAGGGCUGCAGGCAUGGUGAUAAACACUAUGGGUUGGGUGGAAGGCCUUGGUUAUGAGUUACUUCUUCAUGCAAUUGAGACUUUCAAUGCCAAUGUUGUCCUAGUUUUAGGACAGGAAAAACUCUAUAGCAUGUUGAAAGAUGUAACAAAGAACAAACCUAAUAUGGAUGUUGUUAAACUUCACAAAUCCGGCGGUGUUGUUUCAAGGAAUCCGAAAUUUCGCCAGAAAUCUAGGGGCUUCAGGAUUAGGGAAUACUUUUAUGGGCUCUUCAAUGACCUGUCUCCACAUUCUAACAUUGUCAGUUUCAAUGAUAUAACUGUCUACCGGAUUGGUGGUGGCCCACAGGCUCCGCGUUCAGCAUUACCUAUUGGAGCUGAGCCGUUAGCUGACCCUACUCGGCUGGUUGCUGUUAACAUAAACAGAGACUUGCUUCAUUUGAUUCUUGCUGUUUCAUACGCAAAGGAACCAGAUCAAAUAAUCUCCAGUAAUGUAGCUGGGUUUAUCUACGUCACGGACAUCGACAUCCAGAGGAAGAAUAUUACAUAUCUUGCACCUUGCCCAGGUGAGCUCCCAAGCAAGCUGUUGAUUGUGGGAACUUUGACAUGGUUAGAAAGCUAGAGACUUGAAGAAAUGCAGUUAUCUUAUUGAUUCUCUGAAGAUUCACGUUGCAUUCUGUUGCUUCAUGUAAAUUAUGGCUUGUAAACAGUGGUGAAAAGUACUUGAAAUGAUGUAACAUUUGCUGUUUGAAAUUUUGAAAUAUGUGGAUUGAAUGCUUGGAGGAAUCAUUGAUAAUUUUGAAAUAAUUUAUUCUUUUUAAGGCGUAAGUUGUUUUAUAAAA